GUUGAUUUAUAAAUAAAACAUUGAGUUGAGGAAUUUUUUGACACACGAGAUUUUAACACAGAGAUAAAUUUCAGAGAAGAAGAGAGGUGGGUUGAUAAAUUUCAACCCAACAGACAGGUAAAAUCAAUAAAGACGAAUUGGACAUUGGUGGGUAAAAAAAUCUUGAAGCUUCAGCAGUGAGCGGCGGAGUGCAGCGAAGAUGGUGGAAGGAUUCUUCCCCCUUCCUAAUCCAAAUGCCGAUUUCAGCCGCCGGAAUCACAGCGACUCCAUCGUCCUCCUCACCGGCCCUCCUUCCUCAGGGAAAACCUCUUUGCUGUUCCAGUACGCACUGAACUCCGCCAUGGCGACCGGCGGCGGCUCCGUGGUGUUCAUUUCCAGCCGCCGGAAGUUGGAGUCCAAACCCCCUUUUCUCGCUCCCGGCGUAGAAUCUUCCUCCGCCAUUUUUGAGCGGAUUCACAUCAAGUAUAUAGUUGAUGAAGAAGGGAUUAAAAAAUACUUCGCUGCAUUUCACGUUCAUGAUGCAAUCCCUUUUUUGGUCAUCAUUGAUGAUUUUGCUGAUUUCUUCGAUGAUAGAAAUUGCCAACAAAGGUACAAUAAUGCUAGAGGAAAGGACUUGGCAAUGGUUCGGACUCUUGCAGUGUGUAGAAAUGCCAUUGAUUUUGCCAAGUGAGCAAGCUGCUUCAUUUAGUAAAUGAUGCCAGGUUAAGAUUCCCAUGUUUGAUUGUUUUAAGUUUGGAUAUGGGAAACAGAAAAUCAGGACCAUGCCAACUUCUUCUCUCUGAUACUCACCCUGGUGACUCCCCAAGGCUGCUUUACAUAUAUAAAAGAUGGGUCUCCUCCAUUUACACAAUUAGAGGGGAUGGGUUUGGGUCCUUUCUUCUUAAGAAGGGAAACAAUUUCGGUGUUGAGAAAUCUAAUGGACCAAGAACAGCGAAAUAUUCUAUAGCUCUACAGUAUUUGGUACUGGAAGGUAUUCUUGAAGACGAAGAGCAAUGAAACUCAGAAAUGAAUUUGUUUUUCUACAAAGUUUCAAGGACUCGUACCCGUGACUUCAAAGUUACACGACAACACCUCUAUUCCAUGUUUUUUUUAGGUCAUCGGAGCUGAUUCUAAUGUUUUCCAUGCAUUAAGAAUCAUAUUUUAAGGUUGUACUUGCCGAAAUCCUGGAAAUGAAUCUUUUGGUCUUGAAAUCGUUGAAAAACAGAGCAGUUGACUAAUGGAUUUAGGUGGGAAUACACUGAAACUGAAGAG